AUGUCAGACGAAGAAGUGGAAGUAGCUACGACUUUCAAAAAGCAAAAAAACAGUUCAGACUCGGAUGAACAAACGGUAGUGUUGCCAACAAAACGUGCACAGAAACAGAAUCCGAACAAACAGUCAACAGCGGGAACCAGGAAGCAGAAACCAGACAUAAAUACAGAGAACAGUGAUGAUGAUAAGGCUGAGGAAUCAAGGACAACACUUUCGGUACAACAGCAACGAGAGAAUGCGACGGCAACAUACGAACUUGAUACCGAGAGAGACAGAGACGCACAGGCUAUAUUCGAGAAGGCGCAGAAAAUUAACGAGGAAUUACAAGGCCAGGCCGAUGAUAAAAUUUACCGCGGUAUAAAUAAUUACGCGCAAUACUACAAGAAACGGGAUACGGCCGCCGGGAACGCCAGCUCGGGACUGGUGAGAAAAGGGCCUAUUAGGGCUCCAGCGAAUUUGAGGGCCACAGUCAGAUGGGACUACCAACCGGAUAUAUGCAAGGAUUACAAGGAAACCGGUUUUUGUGGUUUCGGAGAUUCCUGUAAAUUUCUUCACGAUCGCUCCGAUUACAAACACGGCUGGCAGCUGGAAAGAGAAGAGGUGGAGGCUGCAGCAGUUGGAGGCGACUCCGAUUAUGAGGUCCACAGCGACGAGGAGCUGCCCUUCCGCUGUUUUAUAUGCAGAGGAAGCUUCACAGACCCUAUUGUCACCAAAUGUAAACACUACUUCUGCGAGAAAUGCGCUUUAGAAAAUUACAAGAAAUCUGCAAGAUGUUUCAUAUGCAACGCUCAAACUGGAGGUGUGUUCAAUCCAGCGAAGGAGCUUGAAGCCAAGUUGGUGAAGAGAGAAGAGAGUGAUGAUGAUGAUGAUGAUGAUGAUGAUUAA